AUGAAAGAAGUGGACAAUAUAAAAACUGUGAAGGAUGAAUGGAGGUGUAAAUCUGGAACUGAUGAUCAGAUUCUGAAUGGCACAGAUCAAAACUGUGACUAUUUUGUAGAUAAGCUUUUUGAAGAAGCUCAGAAGGUUGGUGCUAUGUGCAUGCCCCCAGCUACAGUCAAGAAUCAGGUUGAUAUAAUUAUUAAACUGUGGAAAAAUGGAUUUACAGUAAAUGAUGGUGAACUCAGGAGUUACGCUGAUGUUGCAAACCAGCAGUUCUUGGACUCCAUUAAAAAAGGGGAACUGCCUUUUGAGCUACGAAAAAUUUUUGAUAAGGAGGAGGUAGAUGUGAAAGUGGAAGACAAGAAAGAUGAAUUGUAUUUAUCGUCGAAAAAGCCACUGUUCCAUCCCUUUUCUGGACAUGGUUACAGAUUAGGAAGUGCAACUCCAAGGAUCAUUUCUAAAGCAGCAGAUGACCACGAAGAAGCUGACAGCAAAAGACCUCUUCCGUUAGUACCCUUAAAUGACUUGGAGCCCAUCACGAGCAUCCAGAUCUGGUUAGCUGAUGGAAAAAGGAUAGUGCAGAAAUUCAAUGCUUCUCACAGAAUAAGCCACAUCAGAGAUUUCAUCACAAAAUACCAAGGAUCACAGGGAAGGGUUCCCUUCACACUGACUACUUCUCUGCCCUUUCAAGAGCUGCAGGAUGAGACGCUCACACUAGAGGAAGCCAAGUUGCAAAACGCUGUCGUCGUUCAGAGACUUCAGAAAACAACUGAGCCGUUCAGACUCGUAGUGGAAAAAGCACCUCAGAGUGACUGUAGAACUGCUGCUACAUCUGAAGGACCUCUCAAGAAUGAGCAAAACAGCGCAAUCGAAAGCAUGAGCGCAAAUUAGAUUUUAACUUGCCAAAAGCUACACACAGACAAAACUAGACAAAACCAAAAAUGUAACCAGCAAUAUCUGGAUGCACUAUGAUCCUCACUUAGCUGCACUCUUAGCAAAAAGUGUGCUGUGCUAUCAUCUGCUAUAAUAGAAGUAUCUUCUACACAUUUUUGUGGUGAGAACCUGGCUAUAAUGUAGCAGAGAUAACUGUACAACAGGGCCGUCUUUAGAACUUCUUAGGUAGAUAAGCUUUGCCAGCCUAUUCUUUAAGGAGUGUCUAGGCGAAAUGGUACUACUCUAAGACUUUAC